GAGAAUAGCUUCUUACGGGCACUCCGUAGCGCACCAAGUAGGUAGGAAUGUUUUGCAAAACACACAUACAUCAUUGCAUGUCCCUACACUCUGCAGCAGAUCCUGAUUUUACAUUUCCCAUAAUACAAAUCUAUCUUUAAUUUAAUCCUUGCCUUGAAAAUGGACACUUUCUGUUUAAGAUGAUGAACAUGAUCUUAUAAUUGCACCAGUGUUAAGCGUCUUGCUCCAGGGCAAACUGUGACUUGUGUCAUAGUGGGAAUCGAACCUGGGUCUCCCACACCAAAGGUAUGUGCUUUAGCCACUGCAUCAUCACCACCCCAAUAGACAUUAGUAUUUAACACAAAGUACAGCCUCAAUGUGCAGCUAGCAUGGCUGUAGACUCUUUGGGCCUUUCUCCAACCACCCCCAACAUCCUCUGCCUAUCCACCUUCACGCCGUAAGCACAUCCACGCAGAGUGCCCGCCCAAUAAAAGGGCCAUCCCAAACCAAUUAGUGGGGAGUGGAAGUAGGUUAUAAACCCUCCAACAGUAAGUCUGUAUGAUGCUGAAUUAAUGACCACAUACAAUGCGCAGUGAAAAACAAGAUGUUUUGGAAAAAAAGGGAAUGCCUCCUCUUAUCUUUCAUCAGCUGGUGGAUCAGGACAAAAUAUGCUUAUUUACUGAACACCAAUGCCUUAAAAUGAUUACAAGACACCCCUUGGCUAUUUUAUUUUAUUCUAUUUUUAUCUUUUCUGUCUUUUAUUAGGUUAUAGUUAUGUUUUUUUUAAAGAGUCUGCUACUGAUGAUGUAUUAUGUGCCAUAGCCUUUUAUACAAUUUUGACUUCAAAAAAGUUUAGAAAGCUUUUGAAAGAUAUAGAUAUGAAACCGUGGUUACAUAAACUUCUGAUAAUUCCUGUUUCUGUUGGAGAGAGGGACGUUCGUCCCAAAGCUUGCUGCUGUAUAUUUACUGUAUACCUUACACAGGGCCACAGAAGACAACCGUUUUGCUGGUUGAGUGGUUCUCCUCAUUAGGAGUAAAUGUGUAAAAUUGGUGGAGUGGCCCUAUAAAGGUUUAGUAUAGGACUUCCUGCUCACUUAUUCAGUGAAACACAUGCUUUCUGUGGAGUAUUUCCUUUGUACUAUGUAUAAAUGUACUCCCACGUGCUUACAAUAUUUAUUUUUGAGUUGUAAUGAACAUCAUAACUUUGUUCAGGUGCCUUUUUUGACAUGUUAAGUGUUACAUCAGGGUUAAUUACAGUAUAUACUGUCCAAGUUAGUAGUUCUGGAUAACCUUAGCAUUAAUUCCUGUAAUUAUAUUCUGGAUAAGAAGAGCAGCUGAGUUUAGUCUGCUCUGCAGGAUAAAGUGGAAGUACUGCUGAAGCAGCAGGAUGAUGGAGCUUAGCUCCAGCUGAGAGGAUAUUUCCCUAAGCUUUCUCCUGUUGUGUUGGCUGCUCCUGUGUUACUUAUAGUAUGUAGGCUAAAAACAUUGCUUAAAAAAUAAUGUACUGUGGAAUAUUGGGAUGUGUUGGCACCACCCUCAAGUCUGGAAGUUCUGCUUUUUUCCUAGCAACAAUUUUCCUUCUACAAAGGUGACUCAUUGUUUGCAAUCAAAAUAUUCUUUUAAGGUUAACCAGUUUUUUUGAAUACUUGUCUUGUCUAUUACUGUUGUGUGCUCUUUCUGGUUAUUUGUAGCAAAGUUCUUUUAACAGACUUGAAUUCAUUUCAAGGAGCUAUGUACUCCCUUGCCGGGUGUAAAUGAUAUUGUGUGACAAUCUUCUCUUACGUCUUCAGGUCUUAAAUCAAUGCAAGAACAUUGGAACCCAAAUCUUCCCGAUCUUCCCCACCCAAUCUUUCCAAUGCUCUGCUGCUAGUAUUUAUUGCCUUUGCAUUUCUGCAGUGUAUCAUGGUGCGAGAAGAGACUAUAACUUUGACACAAGAGGUUCCCCUGGAUCGGUUGGGACAACAUUGAGCAUAGGAGCCAUGGGGCCUCCAGGGACCACCCAAGAUGGUACAAGGGGACAGACCUGUCAACCAAAAUCUAUCAUGGUUGUCCAUUCCACGCCUGCGGGAGAGAAAUUUCAGUGUGAGAGCUACGUAAUAAAUACAGACACAGACUCGCCUCUUCCUCUUCCAGACAUCAUGCCAGGGACUUUUCCUGAACUUGCAACUGCCAAGCAACGUCAUAAAAGUAUAACAGACAUUCCAUAUCGGGGCAACAUGCGCUUGCCUCCAUCUUCUGCCCUUGGUCUCACAGAGAUAGAGCAAGGCUUCUGGCGUCGCUGUUCACUGAGAGAGACCAAUACUGUUUCACGAUACCCUAGUCAUGCCCUCAGUGUUCCUAACAUGGGCAGCACCAGCCCCCUUAGUGUCAUCAACAACAGUCCUCUCCACAGCACCCCACUCUCACCAGUACACAGCAACAUAUCCAGCCCUGCUAGAGAGAUGGAGAGGCAGGCCAAGGCCCGGAGUAAACUCCUGGAGAGUGAGUGCACCCAAACGCCCACCCUUCCUCCAGAAACCCGAGAGCAACUCCGCUAUGUCUCCAAGGAUGGAAAGUGCCGUGUCAACCUGUGUCACAUUUCUGAGAGGGGCCGCUUCCUGUCUGACAUCUUUACCUCUUUUGUGGAUCUCCAGUACCGCUGGUUUCUAUUUGUUUUCAUGAUGUGCUACAUCACCACCUGGUUCUUGUUUGCUGUGCUCUACUUCCUGAAUGCUUCCUUCCGAGGUGACCUAGGACAAGACCACCCCGCCAGCACACCUGAAGACCACCUCGCCGACCAAAGGCCCUGCUAUUUCGGUGUAGAUGGCUUCAUUUCAGCUCUACUCUUCUCGGUUGAGACGCAGCGUACCAUUGGUUAUGGGUCACGCACUGUGUCUCCCACCUGCCAUGAGGGUGUGCUGCUGGUUAUGAUGCAGUGUAUUGUUGGGUCCAUGAUAGAUGCACUCAUGGUGGGUUGCAUGUUUGUCAAAAUAUCCCGACCUAAAAAGCGGGCUGAGACACUUCUUUUCAGUCGUACUUGUGUUAUUGCCAAUCGUGAUGACCAGCUGUGUUUAAUGUUCCGACUGGGGGACCUGAGGGAAAGCCACAUGGUGGAUGCUAAGGUCCGGGCAAAGUUGAUCAAGUCCCGCCCAACAGCUGAGGGUGAGUUCUUACCACUUGAGCAGACAGAGAUUGAUCUUGGUUAUGAAACUGGAUCGGACCGACUCUUCCUGGUGGAGCCUCAAGUCAUUCAGCACAAUAUUGACUCCAACAGUCCACUCUGGGAACUGGGCCCGGAGCAGCUUAGAUGGCAACAGUUUGAGAUCAUCGUUAUCUUGGAAGGAAUUGUUGAGGCCACAGGCAUGAUGUGCCAAGCCAAAACAUCCUAUAUUGAAACGGAGAUUGAGUGGGGCGCGCGUUUCGAACCUUGCAUGACACUGGAAAAAGGCUCCUUCAGAGUAGACCUGCGUCGGUUCCACACCACCUACCAGGUACCGCUUCCCAACUGCAGUGCCAGCCAGGUGCACCAGAUAUUGGCUCUGGCAGAUUGUAAACUUCAAGACUCGAAACCCAGCAGAGCCUGCGGAACCUGGGCAGAGGGGGACAAAGACAAGCAACUGCCUCAUGGAGGAUUCACUAUUGAUAACAUUCUGGAGGAAAGAGUGUCUGAGGGCAAUGAAAGUGAGGGGAGUACAGAAAACAGCGGCUGAUACGACUCAAGGAUUAAAUGUAAUCUAUUUAGGUAUGACUGAAUUGACCUCGCACUUACUGUUAUGGUGCCUGUCAACACUGCACUGGUAGCACUUCAUCUUACAGCUCGGUAAUUACAUUGGGGUAAUAGAUUGACAAUAGAGCUUGAUAUUAACAAUGGAUAUAUCUGGGUAAUAUUAUGGUGACAUGUAUGUAACAUGGUAAUAAGGGGCCAAACCCAAUGGGUAAUAAUUGGGAAACACAUUUAAAAAUAGCAACAAGCCAUGAAUAUUUAGUAAUAUAGUAAUAUUUUUGUAACAAUAUGUUAACUUUUAACAAUAAAAUAGUUAUGUCAGUGCAAUAUUUGGAUAACACAUGGUAAUACGGUGACAUUAAUGGGGUAAUAACCUGAUAGGUUAUAUAGGUUAUAGUUUUAACAAUAUUCUAGGCUAUCAGUGUAAAUUGUUGGAUUCUCCAAACUGGCAAUUAUCAUAUUGUAAUACUGAAAUUCCUCUUCCCUAAUGUUCCAAACACUCCCUUUUGUUUUAUGGCAAUGCACAUUAUAUGUUUAAUGCUGUAACUUGUUACCCGGGAAUCAGCAAAGUGAUAACAGAAAAUGUUAAAGAUGCGGUUGUGGUCAGCUGCCCCCCGUUCCUCCAGCACUUCCUUCAACAUUUACAUCUAUGUACAGACAUACGUGUCUUUUAUU